CUCGAAUGACGCGCAACGGGGACAGACACAGUUUGGAAAGCAACCAUGCAGCGGACCAAGGCCAAGUCGAACACUCCACCUGCCGCCGCCGCCGGGAAUUCGGCGCCCCACAGCCACUCGAAAGCACCUACUGACAAGCCAUUUCCGUACGACUUUGGUGGCCCUGUCGGGUCAUUCUUCAUCAUGUGUAUUUUGCCCGUCGUGGUGGUCUUCCUGUUUGCGGGCUGCAAUGCGACGUACUGCCUCGACAACCGGUACGACGUUGGCGAGCUCUGGACGCAACUCUCAACGACUUUGUCGUGGGACGACCUGGUCGACACGAACGCGAUUGCGGUCGUGUUUGGAUGGUUUGUGUUUCAAGUCAUGUUGGAACGCGUUGUGCCGGGCGAGUUCCACCACGGCGUCGUGCUUCCAACCAAGAACCGACUGGUGUACAAAGUGAACGGCCACAGGUGCUUUUGGCUCUCGUUGGCGAUCGUCGCGGGAGGCCACUACCAGCGCGUGGCGCUGUUGACGUUCGCGUACGACCACUACCUUCAGUUGGCCGUUGGGGCCAUCCUCCUGUCUCUCUUGAUCAGUGUCUUCGUCUACGUCGUGUCGUUUCGGCGCCCGGACGUGCUAUGCGCUGAGCAAGGCAUGUCACCGUCCCCCGUAUUUAACUUCUUCAUCGGGCGCGAACUCAACUUUCGCACGCGGUACACUGGGACGUUCGAUCUCAAGUACUUUUGCGAACUCCGCCCGGGCCUCAUCGGGUGGGCCGUCCUCAACUUGGGCAUGUUGGUCAAGCAGUAUGAUCUCCAUGGAUCAGUCUCGCUCUCGAUGGCGUGCGUCGUCUUCUUCCAGAUCCUCUACGUGUGGGAUGCGCUGUGGCAUGAAAAGUGCGUCCUGACCACGAUGGACAUCACGACCGACGGGUUCGGGUACAUGCUCGCGUUUGGCGAUCUCACGUGGGUGCCGUUCACGUACUCGUUGCAAGCGCGUUACCUUGUCGAUCGAGACCCGAACCUGAGCAUGCCUGUUGUGGUCGCGAUCGUGGUGGUCAACGUGUUGGGGUACGUCAUCUUUCGCGGCGCGAACGCGCAGAAGGACGCGUUCCGCACAGAUCCGAAUGGAGACAGCGUGCAGCACCUCAAGUGGAUGCCGACCAAACGCGGGACGAAGCUCCUCAUUUCGGGGUGGUGGGGCAUGGCCAGGAAGAUCAAUUACACGGGCGACUGGCUCAUGGGCUUGGCGUGGUGUGCGUACACGGGGACGGCCAGCAUCAUGCCGUACUACUACGCGAUUUACUUUGCGAUUCUGUUGGGACAUCGCGCGCUGCGCGACGACGCGAGUUGUCGGGAAAAGUACGGCGACGACUGGAAUGCGUACACGAAGCAUGUCAAGGCCGUCUUCAUUCCAGGCGUCAUCUAACGGCCGCGUGUCGAUGUAUGGGACAGUUCGCAAAUCGCGCUCCACUAAACCUUGUUCGAAUUGCGCUGCGUCUAUGCCUUCGAAGGAAGGGAGCUGCCUUGAUAUCGCACCCAGACAGGAAAAGCUAGGCUUCUCCACACACUGGCGCACUGGUGGUGCCUGGAUUGGGUGACGGCGCGAAUUAGCCACUAUGGACGCUCAAGGUCGGUCUCUAGAGCUGACCGUCGUCGAAUGCACAAGGGUCGA